AAUAUCCGACUCAAAAGAACGACUCACCGACAUUGCUGUUUGGCCAGUACUAUCUUUGCAGAGUAAAUUUAUGCUGUCGAACUUCUAGUUAAAUUUCCCCAGAGUUUCGACAUUUCCCUAAAAUCUAGUCACUGCACUUUGGACUGUUAGUCACAGGGAAGUUUGGUCUUUAUCUCCUGUGGGUAGUUUGAAGUCCAUCACCUCCGUCUUCAGCAUGUCUCUGACAGUGUCUAAGGGUGAGGGUUUGACGGUCAUCACCGUCUCCUCAAACCCAAAGAGCAAAUGGCCCGUACUGUGUCAGAUUCUGGCUUCUCUGUGCUGCAGUCCAGUGUGUUUCGUAUCCCAGAAUUUGAAAGGAAAGCUGAUGAACACCCACACAGCUCUUGGGACUAUGCAGAUAAUAGUUGGAGUCAUCAAUAUUGUGUUUGCGAUUUUACUUCAAAGCGUUUGGAUAUGGAGCCUCAUUGUUGAUAGUAAUGCUGGUUAUUGGAUCGGUGGUGUGGUCCUUGUAGCUGGAAUCGUGACUAUUCUUGGAGCUAAAUUUCCCAGUCCUUGUCUGCUGGUUAUUGCAAUGAUUCUGAACAUCGUCAGUGGUGCACUGGCUAUCGCAGCUGUUGUGCUGUAUUCAGUGGACUUGGCAAAGGGAACUUAUUUAUACUGCGACAAUGAAUAUUAUUCAUCUUACGAUAACCCUGCAACUCAUUCCCCUGAAUCUAUGAGGAGAAUGGAGAUCUGCAUGCAAUACAAACAUCUAAUUCUGAUGAUCGUCGGAGGACUAGAAAUCAUGAUGAUAGUGUUGUCGGUCCUUCAGCUCUGUGUGACGAUCAGUUUCUGUGUUUUGACUGGGAAAGCUUUGUGCAAGAAGGAUGAAGAUGCAAAGGAUCCAGAACUUUACAAGCAGCUCCUGGAAGACGACACUGCCGUUCCUGUAUGUUAGAGAGAGAACAUACAAAGCAACAAAUAUAAACAGUAUAUACACCGCCUCUCAGUAUAGUACUGAGAUGAUUUAAAGCAGUUUAUACCUUGAUACAUGUUUAUUCUUCUGAGUGUUUUCCUUAAACAUUUGGUUACUUCUUGAAAAAAGGGGAGCUUUUUGAAAUAAAUGACAUGAGAACUUUGGCAUCACCCCUUUUUAUAUAUAUUUGUUCCUUUUGUAUUAAGUUUAAAAUAAUUACAAGUUUACAUUUGUCACCUUUCAAAACUGACCUUAGAUGGAGCAGGUUUUCAUCCCAAUCUGAUGUUUAAGACAAGUGGUUCUGGUAUUGUCUCAAUAAUUUCUCAUUUUUGAGAAUUUUAAAAUGAAGUCCCUUUUGCUUAUGCAAAGAUACAAAACAGAUUCAGAAUUGCAAUGAUUUGACCUGAAUUAUCUCUCUGUAGCUAUUUGCACAAUUCCACCAGCAGGUGGUGUUAACACGCUGGAGUGUAAUGGAAAUCUUUUCCAUUAAGAGAUGGUACAUAGCUGUGCCAAGGCUACUGUAAAGCUAAAUGUUAUCAAAAGUAAGAACUUUCACCAUGAACACUUGCCCCAUAAGCGCUCGAAACCCAAAAUAUCAAAAUUGAAAAGCUAUUUCACAACAUAUAAGAUCUAUUUUAUGGUGUGUAAAUGUAAGCAUUCCUUCAUGGCUUGGCUUACAUUUGACUUCAUUUGCUACCACUUUUGACAUUGACAAGAUUAAUAUGCCAAAAGCAAAUAAAAUCUUGUAAGUUUGAUUUUAUAAUCUCAGCACCUACUUAUCAUGAGCACCUUAUUCCAUAUUGCACCAAAAAUAAAUGGACACAAAAUGUGUCCAUGUAGCAAUUGAUUGACUGAUUGCCAAAAGCAAGUUUGAUUUUAUAAUCUCAGUGUCUACUUAUCAUGAACACCUUAUUUUAUAUAGCACCAAAAAAUAAAUGGGACACAUUUGUUUUUGCUACAAUAAUCGUCUGUCCUUUUUAUAAUCUCAGCACCUACUUUUCAUGAGCACCUUAUUCUAUAUAGCACCAAAAGAUAAAUGGACACGUUUCUUUUGCUAUAAUAAUUGUCUGACUGUCCUUCUUAUUACAAGUCUUGUUACUAAAUAAAGACUAAAAAAAAGAA